AUGGAUCACCAACAACACGCCCACAGAGGCACCUUCAACCACGCGCCGUCCCCUCCUCCAUCCAGCCCAUCAUUUGCCAUGCUCACCGCUCUGCGCUCCGUGUCGUCCAUUUUCAACCACGCCAAGUUCUCGCUCGACACCACCAGCAAAGCCGCCUGCUCUGCAUCGACAUUCCCCGAUCAAGCCACCCUCGUCCUGGUCUGGACCAGCAGGUCCCCUUUCGCCCUAACCUCGCCAUGCACUCGAGACGCAAGACUCACGCUCGCUCAGCGCAGCAAGGGUGCAAGGGUUUCCAUUCCCUACGCCGAUCCUCCCUCAGCCUCCCCGCCGUUUGCUUUCAAUAUCCUCCCAGGACUCAUCCACGGCCAACCCCCACCCUCCAAGACGACCCCUCCUUUAGCAAACAAGGACGCUCCUCUCCAGUCUUCCGUCGUCUCCGUCCCCUCCAUCUUCGAGAUGGCCCACGCCCGUUUGGGUCUACCAGCCCUCAGCGUUCCCCCUCGACCACAGCAAACGGUCGUCGUCGUCGUCGUCGUCGCCCUGCCUAAGCCGUGUGGCGUCGCGUCAAGUGGCUCCGUGCGCUCGACGACUUCGAGGUCGUCCCGUCUCCUAGUGGUCGGCCGCCCAUAUCUCAUGUACAAGGACGGACGGCUAUGUAUGCGGCCGGUGUCACUCGCAGCAGUUCGCAGCCCGCCCUCCCGAUGGUACAUCCCGAUGCCACAAGCACGACAUGUCCUAUUCUUUCGUCCGUCUUUUGGCUCUCGGAUGUGA